UGCAGAUGUGCUUAUCAGUGACACGUUUUGUCGUCUGGUCCAUUUAUUCCUUGGGCGAUACCUCAGGCGCUUUAAUUGAAACUAUUUGAUAUUAUGAUCUAAUUUAAUACAAGAUAAACGUUAGAAAAACAUUCGUUUUGCAUCACUCUUCUAGAGGAAUAAGGACGUUCUUUUGUGCUUUCUACAAGUGUGUUUUAGAAACUAUAGCUGUGUGCUGACAGCCGGUGCGGUAUAAUGCAAGUGCCGAACAGCAUUGUUUUUCUUCACUUUUUUAUGAUUAUUAUAUUUAUUUGCAUGAACAGCAUUCAGUGUGAGAAAGCGAAGACGAACAAGGAGGAACUCAAGUCCCAAAAUUUUCCACCCUGUGCAGCUUGUAAGAUACUUACCACCAGUUUUAAGAAGGGUUUAGAGAAAACAAGUCGAGGGAAGUUCGAAGGUGGAGAUAGUGCUUGGGAGGAAGACAAGCUAGGUUCAUAUUCAAGAAGUGAAGUACGGUUAGUUGAGAUACAAGAAAAUUUAUGUAAAGAAGUAGAACAUGGAGAGACACAAUGCCAUUCUUUAGCUGAGGAAUUAGAGAGUCAGAUAGAGGAAUGGUGGUUCAAAUAUCAAGACACUCAUCCUGAUAUUUAUGAUUACAUUUGUAUUGAAAAGACAGAACAUUGUUGUCCAAAAGAUCAUUAUGGUCCAAGCUGUAUACCAUGUCCAGGAUAUCCAGAUAAAGUUUGCAACAAUAAUGGGAAAUGUAAAGGAGCUGGUACAAGGAAAGGGAAUGGCAGUUGUUUAUGCGAUAAAGGAUAUGUUGGGGAAACUUGUUUGCAAUGUGCUACAGGAUACUAUGAGUCUUACAAAGAUGAAAAGACUUUGUUGUGUUCAGCAUGCCAUGUGGCGUGUGAUGGACCUUGCAAAGGUGCUGGACCAAAAGAUUGUGAAAAAUGUGCAAAUGGAUGGCACAUGAUUGAAGGCAGAGGUUGUUUUGAUAUUGAUGAAUGUUUAAGAAGUGACGUCUCAUGCCCUGGCAAUCAGUUUUGUGUUAAUAAAGAAGGAAGCUAUGCUUGUUUAGCUUGUGAUAAAGCUUGCAAUGGUUGUUCCGGUGAUGGGCCAGACAUGUGUAUCAAGUGUGCUGAAGGCUAUCAUAAAAAAGACAAUUUGUGUAUAAAUUCAGAUCUUCUUGGUCGAAAGAAACAAGAAAAUCUAACUCGGUAUCUGACAUACUUUGGACUUUGUGUAGCAACAUGUAUUAUCUUACAACGUAAUAUUUAUGCUGCUAGUGUUAUUGGUUUACUGGUUGCAGUAUAUAUAUCAGUUUCAGAAUACAUGAUUGCUCAUAGCAAUAUUCAAGAUACAACAACAAAUAUGGAUAUUCUAGGACCAGCGUAA